UUGCUCAGAUAUACUUUCAAAAAUUUGACAUAUAAAGGAAAUUGCCGAGUAAUUGCAUUGCAAAUUAAAAUAGAAUAAAAAUAAUUAAAAGAUAUUUCGAUUCUUAGAAUAUUAAUAGUCAAAUUUUAAUCAAAAUGACUAUUCAAAACAAGAUGGAUGUUGACAUCACGAAAGGUGAAGGCUUUCGUUCAUAUUACAUUCAAAAAAUCGAAGAAUUACAAUUAAUUGUUGCUGAAAAAAGUCAAAAUUUACGUCGUCUUCAAGCUCAGCGAAACGAACUGAAUGCUAAAGUUCGAAUGUUGAGAGAAGAGCUUCAAUUACUUCAAGAACAAGGAAGUUAUGUUGGAGAAGUAGUUAAACCUAUGGAUAAAAAGAAAGUUCUUGUUAAAGUUCAUCCAGAAGGAAAAUUUGUAGUUGAUAUAGAUAAGAAUAUUGACAUUAACGAUGUGACACCAAAUUGUAGGGUGGCACUACGCAAUGAAAGUUACACUCUACAUAAAAUUCUUCCCAAUAAAGUUGAUCCUCUGGUAUCACUUAUGAUGGUUGAAAAAGUUCCGGAUUCAACAUAUGAAAUGGUCGGUGGUUUAGAUAAACAAAUAAAAGAAAUAAAAGAAGUGAUUGAAUUACCAGUAAAACAUCCAGAAUUAUUUGAUGCUCUUGGAAUUGCUCAACCUAAAGGAGUUUUAUUAUAUGGACCUCCUGGUACUGGUAAAACUCUUUUGGCAAGAGCUGUUGCACAUCACACAGAAUGUACAUUUAUUCGCGUUUCUGGUUCUGAAUUAGUACAGAAGUUUAUUGGUGAAGGUUCACGUAUGGUUAGAGAAUUAUUCGUAAUGGCUCGUGAACAUGCUCCAUCAAUUAUUUUCAUGGAUGAAAUCGAUUCCAUUGGUUCCUCUCGUAUUGAGUCUGGUGCCGGUGGUGAUUCCGAAGUACAACGUACAAUGUUAGAACUUUUGAAUCAAUUGGAUGGUUUUGAAGCCACUAAAAAUAUUAAAGUCAUUAUGGCAACAAAUCGAAUUGAUAUUUUGGAUCCAGCAUUACUAAGGCCAGGUCGUAUUGAUCGUAAAAUUGAAUUCCCACCACCAAAUGAAGAGGCACGUUUAGAUAUUUUAAAAAUUCAUUCAAGAAAAAUGAAUUUAACACGCGGUAUAAACUUAAAGAAAAUUGCAGAAUUAAUGCCAGGCGCAUCAGGAGCGGAAGUUAAAGGUGUGUGUACCGAAGCUGGUAUGUAUGCUCUAAGAGAAAGGCGUGUUCAUGUAACACAGGAAGAUUUUGAAAUGGCGGUUGCUAAGGUUAUGCAAAAAGAUUCAGAAAAGAAUAUGUCAAUAAAGAAAUUAUGGAAAUAAAUUUUUUCUUCUUCGAUCAAUAAAAUAAGUUUUAUUUUAAGUACCUAUUUGCUAAAAAUUAUAUAUUUUGAAUUCAAAAUAAAAACAAUAAAAGGA